CGUCACUUCGGUUCACUAUGCGUCCACCGGCAGCACGCGCUCUCCCUGCGCUCCUGCUCGCGCUCUGCGCCCUCAGCCCGGUGCUCACGGCAUUUAAACCACUCCAUCCUCGCAAUGUGAAGCUAACGUCAGUGGAGAAGGGCUUAAAGGUGACAUGGGACCCACCUAACGAGCUGGACGGUCGGCCAGUGGAUCGAUACAGUAUUGGCUACGGAAAGUCCAUGAGGUCUCUCCGCUUCAUCAAAGUGGACAAGGACCGCCGCUCCGAGGUACUAGAGGACGUAGAGCCUGGAGUCCUGCACUUUCUCAAGAUGAAUUCUGAGAAUGAGGACGGAAUGAGUAAACCAGUCUACAGAGCAGAAACUCCAGGAGGUGGGGAGUUGGUCAAACUGGAUGGCUUUGCUGUUGAAAGUGAAUCUUCUUCAAACAGCUCCUCACCAGGUAGGAGGUCAUCUGAGCUCUCCUCUAAGAUAAGCCCUCGCCCUCGAGUUCAGAGACCAAAGACCUUCCGACAGAGAGCUCCUCAGUCCUCCUCAGGCCCUGAGGCUCCACAGAGAAGAGGAUACCUGCCCAUCCGCUCUCAAAAGAAGCCUAGAGUGGACGUCAGUCAGCCCCAAGCUGACCAGCGCAACGCCAACAAACCUAAACUAGCAUCUGAGUCCAUCUAUGUGGUAUCACUACAGGCACAGAAACCCCGACAGAGGAACAUACCAGCAAGCAAGACUGUCAAUACAGAAAACCGUCCUCCAGAGCGCAGUGAAGUAGAGGAGGCGGACGACGUCACAGUGAGGAUUCUGUCUCCCCAGUCUGUUGUAAUCACAUGGGUGGAUCCACUUAUCCAAAAACAGAAAAGUAUCCCUGAAGGUACCAGGCAAUACACUGUCAGAUAUAGAGAGAAGGGAGAGUCUGCUCGGUGGGAAUAUAAGGAGACCUCACAGAGGCGGCUCGUGAUUGAGGAGCUCUCUGCUGAUGGAAUGUAUGAAUUCUCAGUUCGAAUCACUCAAGGAGACCAACAUGGAAAAUGGAGUGUAUCUGUCUUUCAAAGGACCCCUGAAUCAGCUCCCUCUGGCCCUCCUGAGAACUUCGAGGUGAAACCACUUAGAGGGAAAGGCACAGCGGUUACUGCGACAUGGGAUCCACCUGAUGAACCAAAUGGUAAAAUCAGAGAAUAUAUCCUGUCCUAUGCUCCAGCCCUGAAACCCUUUGGAGCAAAGUCAGUAACAUAUCGUGGCAUGACUACCUCAGCCACUAUAGAUGGACUGACACCUGGUGAUCGCUACGUCUUCAAAAUUCGAGCAGCCAACAGGAAAGGACAAGGACCACAGUCGAAAGCCUUGAGUGUUGCAAUGCCAGGAACCAGCAGUACUGCCUCACGACAUUCCACUCAGUCCAAGAGUCCCUCCAGAACAUCUGUGGAUGAUGACUUAGAGGAUCAGGAUACACAGGAGACAGAAGACUCUCAUACCCAUACCACUACUUCUCCACCAAAAAGCAAGAAAUCUCGCCCUCUUUCUCAAACACGGUCUUAUCACAGUAUUUUUUCAUCUAUAAGGGGCUCUUUCAGGAAUUCAGGUUCCAAGUCUAGGACAACCAUUAGCAGUGAUAAAAAAGGAGAUGAAGAUGAAACACCAACAGAAACUACAAAAGAAGAGGACGCAACAGAAAAUGAAGCUGUUGAGGAUACACAACCAGAAAGUACGAACAAUGUUCCAUCAAAAACUGUCAAGGAAGAACAACAUAAAGUUUCAACUGGAGCUAAGGACUCAAGCACUGUUCUUAAAAGUUCAUUACCCAAGACUCAUUCCUCAACGCAGUCAUUGUUACCUCGCACAUCCUCUGUUGUCAAUGCCGGUCGAUUAAGACGGCCACCCUCUAGCACCUCAAGUGCACGGUCAAGAAGUCAGAAAGGAGCAUCUCCUAGUUUACCCAACAGUCAAGACCCUGUAGUCUCAAAGAAAGUCCACACCAGCUUAUAUCCUGAUGACAAGGUCAGUAUUACAGCAGUAACAUCAUCCACCCCAUUGCCUCAAGAAAUCAAGAUGGAACCAGAGAGAGAGUUGUCAUCAUCUUCAUCAUUAUCUUUCCCAUUGUCAACUGGGAAAAGCAGAGUUUCUACCCCAACAAGUCAUGCCAGUAACUUAGGGCCUGGUCCUGUUUAUCCAAAGGGCAGAAGAAUACCUCAAAUUAAGAGUCACAGACAUCAAACAGGACGCCAAAAAACAGCUUUAACCUUAUCUGCUUUAUCACAAUCUUCAACAGGAUCCAGCACUGAUGAUCAGGAUACCCAAUCAACUAGCAUCGUGGACACAGAACACAAAAAUAAAAAUGAUCACAAAAUAAAAAUUAAAAAGAAUGAAGACCCAUCUUCCUCUUAUCAGUAUACCACUACUCUUCCCCCUUCAAUCAAAGAAGAGAAUGCACAGGACCUUGGUCACAAUAAUUAUAAAGAUAGGACUGUUAGCAGCUAUUUACCUACAUCUCAGACUCCUUCUACAGCAAGCCCAGGACAGGGUUCCUCUUUGUUGAACAGAAAUUCCAGGAUAGUAGUUGGAAGUAGUCAAAGAAAAGAUGGCAGGAUCCCAUGGAGCAGAACUGCUUCUUCUGUAGGUGCAGGGAGGCCAAUUCUGAGAGGAAUACCAUCCAAUCCAACAAAACAUUUGGUUGAUUCAAGCCUUGAAAAACCCACUGUAAACAGCAGACAAGCAGCUUCAAGCAAUGGACGGACAACUACUAAUGAUCACAUUCACGAAGAAGAAGAAGAAGAAGAAGAAGAAGAAGAAGAAGAAGAAGAAGAAACAAACUCUAACAAUGAUCACAAACAUGAUUACCUCUCUGAGGUCAGCAAAGAAGCCCCUGAGAUUAGCAGUAAGAAUUCUGCCCCAACUGCUUCCCCUAAAACAAUUUCCUCUGAUGUUAAAGAGAUUUGGCGGUCUGGUCAAACCUCUGAGAACAGCUCUCGCUCAUCCUAUACGACUCUCAAUAGACUUGGUUUGGGUUCAAAUGGAAAGGUUCGUUCUGCUCUCCUGGCCAGUCGUCUGAAUGAGUUUCUGUUGCGUGGUAGGUUGCAGACAGUACAAAAUACACAACUGGGCUCUGCUGCUAAACAAAACUCCUCUUCAUCAACUGUUUCAACUUCUUCAUCCUCUUCUGCCUCCCAGACCAUGGAAAAAAAAGCUUCGUCUUCAGAUCAAGGCACAAGUGCUAGCCAAAAUGGUAAUGUUAGAUCGACUGUGGGAUCGGUCUCACGUUCAUCCCUGAAGCAACCUGCUAGUGCACAAAAUUCUGGUGGCGACACAUCAACUGAUUUCAAGACCUCCUUAUCAGCUCCAGCUAGAAAUCCAGUGGUGAGAUCACGCUUUUCAAGCAGAGCUGACAAAAAUUCAAGAGGAAAAACCCCAGUUAGCUUCCACAAACCUAGUUAUGGCCGAGGCAAAAAUGGACGACCAAAUCUUACAGCUUCAAAUGGCAAAAUUGCAUCUACAUCAAAUGAAAAUACAAAAGGAAAUGGAGUCAAAUAUAUUACAGGCCCCGAUGGAACCAAAUGGGUUGUAGAUCUGGAUAAAGGAGUCCUAAUGAAUGAAGAUGGAAAGGUUUUGCAGGAUUCUAGAGGCCGACCCAGGAAAGUAGUUGUUGGAGAAGAUGGGAAAACUAUCUUUGAUGAGCAGGGUACCCCAUUAGUAAACCAGGAAGGUAUGGCUUUGUUUGGUCAUGGGAGGGACAGUCGGCCUGUGGUUAACCCCAAAGAGAAAUACCUCACUGUGGGAGGAAAGCCAGUGGUGGGUCUGAAUCGUCCUACACCUAGUACUACAACCACAACAACCACAACUACACCUAUAACUACACCUACACCUACAACUACAACCACUACCACCACCACCACCACAACCACUGCUGAACCAACAACAACAGAAAUGACAACUCUGGAGUCCACAACUGAUGCUUUGCCUACCUGUCCCCCUGGAACAUUUCCAAGGCUGGAUAAGUUUGGCAUGCCUAUAAUGGAUGUUUAUGGAAUACUGGACUGCUACCCAAGUGAUGUGUUUUUGAUGGAGACCACCAUGUUCCCUACCACCACUCAGCUGCCCCCUACCACUCAUUCCCCCACUACUGAGUUCCGCUUCUUCAACAACAGCCCAUCUUCUGAGUUUGAUGCUGUUGGCAAGAAACGCUUCACAGCUCCAUAUGUGAACUACAUCCAGAAGGAUCCUGGCGCACCAUGUUCCCUGACCGAGGCUCUAGAGUACCUACAGGUGGAUGUACUGGUUGAUCUCAUUGAGAAGGACAACCAAAAGCAGCCACCCAAAUACAAGCCCCAUAACCUCACUGUGAUUGCCAUGGAGGGCUGUCACUCAUUUGUUAUUUUGGACUGGGCCCGCCCAUUGAAGGAUGACAUGGUGUCAGGGUACAUGGUGCACAGUGCCUCCUAUGAUGAUGUCCUCAACAACAGAUGGUCAUCUCAUCUUUCAUCUGGCACCCACCUAGCUGUGGAGAACCUCAAGCCGAACUCCAGAUAUUACUUCAGAGUUCAAGCAAAGAAUGUUUUUGGUCUCGGCCCGAUCAGCGAAACAUUAACUUACAUCACAGAAUCAGAUGACCCUCUUCUUAUAGACAGACCUCCAGGUGGCGAGCCAAUUUGGAUUCCUUUUAAGUUUAGGUACAACCCUGCGUACAGUUCCUGUAAAGGAAGUCAAUUUGUCAAGCGCACGUGGUACAGGAAGUUUGUGGGUGUGGUCCUGUGCAACUCACUCCGCUACAAGAUCUUUAUGGGAAAUGGACUUAAGGAUACUUUCUACAGUAUUGCUGAUUCUUUUGGCAACGGAGAAGACCACUGCCAGUUUGUAGACUCACAUUUGGAUGGAAGAACAGGACCACAAACCCUUUCUCUCUACCUACCCCAAGCUCAAGGUUACUAUCGCUCGUAUAGACAAGAGCCUGUAAGUUUUGGGCCUGUAGGCAGGCGUACACCUCAUCAGAUUGUGGGCUGGUAUGAGUGUGGGGUCCCAAUCCCUGGGAAAUGGUAACAGAGGACAUUCUGAAUGCCAGUGAUCACUAGCAGCUACAUUUCAUUCUACUACAACCUCUCUGUUUGCCAAGUCCGUAAAUGAACUUUUGCCGACCGCAGCACGUACAGCCUAAACCAACAUACUGUUUCUGUCAGAGAGGAUAUAAUACUUAAAAUAACAUUUUAUAUAUAACUGUUCCAAUAUCAAGCACUUUUUAAAAGCAGUCUGUAUAUGAGGAAAUACAAGCAUGUGUGCUCAAAUUAUUAACAACAUUAUCGGAACACUGUGUCCUGUACGGUAUAAUUCCCAGUGACAAUGUCUUUGUUGGCUUCUUAUUACUGCUGGUAAUAUUAAGGAGUUUGAUACAAACCACAAGCCUUACAAUUGCAAUGACGUAUAUAAUAAUAAUGAUGUAACAAAUUGUCUGUGAUUUUUUUUUUUUUUUUGUAAUUUUUUUAAAUAACUUUUGAUAGUUUUGUACUCGUGUUUUCUAUCCUCUUACCUUGAAUGGCAGAUGGCUUGGAAAUAUUGCCCAUAUUAGGGCAGAUAAAAAGGUAAUUUUAUUUGCUCAGGAAAGAUUUAAUACUGAAUAAAGAUACUAUAUCACUUAAAAA